AUGCCGCCGACGGGCCCGCGGGGCCAGUACAGGGCGCUGCCCGUCGUCGAGCGCGUCAACCACGUGGACGGCAUCGCGCCGUACAACGGCGUCGUGGCCGUCACACGGAACUCGCGCGUGGUGCCCGAGGACUCGGCCGCGUAUCGCGACGACGCCAGCUACGCGGCGGUCCAGCGCGAGUGCGAGCGCGUCGCGGAGCUCCUCCACGCCACGGCGCCGAUUCGGAUCGACGUUCGCCGCGCCGAGCAUGAUCCCUCCUCGCCAUUCAUGUUGUUCGAUAACAUGACAGGACCUGGAAGGCCAGGCCGCGAGGACCAGGCAAGUCUAACGGCGCUUGCGGCCGAGGGCUUGGGCUGGGACUAUGGGACGCUUCUCUCGCAUGUGCUGGCGUCCAGCCGAACGCUGCGUGAGCUACGAAAUGUCAGCGUUCGUGAGACGGGAGGUAGAUUCUAGCAGAAUCCACCUGUAAACAUGCGGAACGGGUUGAUCGGUCCUUAAGAUUUUCGUUCUUUCUUUCUUUUUUGGCUAUCAUAGAAAGCGCAGCGAAUUACGCCG